GUAUUGUACUGCUACUACUACUACUACUACGGUAGAUCGUAGCACCCGCCCUAUGGAUUGGCAUUGCGAUGAGAAGCUCGUCUCAAGGGCUAAUCCACAACGCUAUUGACUAUUGACAUCAUCUCACCAACGGAUCAUUUUUCACUUACUUCAGGUGAAAGGACUAACAUUCUUUCGAUACAUCAAGGGAGAAGAGGAGAAACUGAGUCAUACACUCAUAACUACUAGCAAUCAAGUGGAGCUAGCAGAGCUGUGACUGGCUCAGGUCAGGAAUGGUGGAUAACUUGCCGGUAGGAGAGGAGACCUUCCUGUAUUACGCCAGCUUUCCUGCAGAACAUCACAAAUCGGACAUGGUGAUAGACACAGGUGUCUACCAGGCGGUGCACUCCCCGUUCUCAGAGGACGACCUGAGUGACUCGUCCAGCCCUUGUUCCUGCUCCAGCCCUGAGUCCCAGGUGCUGGGUUCCAGCUACGGCAGCAGCAGCUCCAGUGGAGAGAGCCAGGAUGGUCUCCUCGACUUCCUGCUCUCCCAGGCCACCCUUGAAAGUGGAGUUACUGCCACUCUAUCUCCCUCAGUACCACCCAUCCUCCCCAAGGGUCUAACAUGGGAGUCGAAGAUGGACCGCCUGUUUCAGCCAACCAAAGAGGAGUGCUUUGAGUUCCCUGUGUUCCCAGUGGACCUGGAGGAUCAUGUGGGGCUGCUGUUUCAGCCCACCCUGGAGGAGAUAGAGGAGUUCCUGGAGGAGAAUAUGGAGGUGGUAACGUUGAAGAAGGAGGCUAGUGAGGGAGGGAUGUUGGAUGUAGACAGUCAGGUGACAGGGUUAGAACCUGGGCUAGAGCAGUCAGUACCUGUUGCCAGGGCUACUGUCCCCACCACAGUGACCAAAUACACAGCAACAUCCACAAUAACACAUUCCAACGGUUGUAGUGGGAUUAAACAGGAGGAACCUGCUGAAACACCAGCCUCAGGGGAGGGGUCUGGCUUGACGCCUGUCAUCUUGCAGAUUCAACCAAUCCAGAUUAAGCAAGAGCCCAGCCCAGGUGUGAUACCAACACCAGUAACACCGCAGUCCACCCUGCCCUCCUCAGACAUAAAAAUCGCCCAGCUCCUGGUCAACAUCCAGGGCCAGACAUUUGCCCUGGUGCCCCAGCUGGUGACUCCAGCUAAUCUCAAUUGUACGUCUACCAAAUUUGUGCGCAUCGCGCCCGUACCCAUCGCCGCCAAGCCCCUGGGUCUCAGGGAGGGUGGGCUUGCAGGUGGCCAGGCUGCAGGGAUCCUGGUGGGAGGACAGAAGUUCCAGAAGAGCUCGGUUACGGACCUUAUAAAAAUGCAUAAGUGCACUUUCCCUGGCUGUGCCAAGAUGUACACCAAGAGCAGCCACCUGAAGGCCCACCUGAGGAGGCACACGGGGGAAAAGCCCUUCGCCUGCACCUGGCCUGGCUGUGGAUGGAGGUUCUCGAGGUCAGACGAACUCUCCAGACACCGGCGCUCUCACUCUGGAGUGAAGCCUUAUCAGUGUCCCGUCUGCGAGAAGAAGUUUGCCCGCAGCGAUCAUCUGUCCAAACACAUCAAAGUCCACCGCUUUCCAAGAAACAGCAGGACAGUGCGAUCCGCAAACUGAGCACAUUGACCUCCAGGUCGUGCUAGGCUGAGGCCACGCCACGGGACACAUGGAGAGACAGAGAGAGAAUGUUUGUGAGAGAGAGAGUGAAUGAAUGUGGGAAAUUGCUAAUAGCAGAGGGGACAGUGGGACAGACAAAAUGAAUGUGGGAGAUUGCUAAUAGCAGAGGGGACAGUGGGACAGGCAGAAUGAAUUUGGGAGAUUGCUAAUAGCAGAGAGGACAGUGGGACGGACAGAAUUAAUGUGGGAGAUUGCUAAUAGCAGAGGGGACAGUGGGACAGGACAGAAUAAAUGUGGGAGAUUGCUAAUAGCAGAGAGGACAGUGGGACAGACAAAAUGAAUGUGGGAGAUUGCUAAUAGCAGAGGGGACAGUGGGACGGACAGAAUUAAUGUUGGAGAUUGCUAAUAGCAGAGGGGACAGUGGGACAGGCAGAAUGAACUUUCAAACAACAGUUAAGGGAGAGAGUGUUUGAACGUUUUGUUUGUUUAUGUGUGUGUGUGUGUGUGUGUGUGUGUGUGUGUGUGUGUGUGUGUGUGUGUGUGUGUGUGUGUGUGUGUGUGUGUGUGACGCACGUUGGUGGUACUGUGAUAAUUUAUUGAGUAAUGCAGAGACUCAAAAGAGAAAACAUUUUGAAAAAACAAGACCUGUUACAUAACAUGACAUCUUCACUGGUGCAUGAUGGGAAGUUCCGUGCUUUAGCGGGAUUUACACAUUUAAAGCAAUGUUCCCGCGUUCGCGGAUACUGCAUUCACAGUAAAUGCUGCAUAUGCCGGCUCAAUCGGAAAUUACUUUUAAAUUGCAAUGUCGCUAUAGCGCUGAACUUCAGCAGCACAGAUUGAAUCGAGUCCUAAGUUUCUUGUAAAUAGAUUUUCUUAAUUUUUGUAGGGUUUUUUUUCUCAUAAAAAUGUAAAAGAUGUAAAUGUAAAAAAAUAUAAAAGAGGUUUUGUUAUGCAAAGUAUUUUUACACUUUGAGGUUUGAAUUAAUUGUUGUUGAUGUACCUGCCUAUCAUUAACGCAUCAACAUUCCUUCUGCUGUAUAUAGAAAUUAUCUUCUCAUCACCGAGGGAGUUUUUACUAUGUUCUUCUUCAAACCAAAAAAUGACUAUUUAUACUCAAACGUUCAUGUUGAACUACUGAUCAUGAUCAGAAUCAUGCCAUUAUAAGCUACAGGAGCAAUAUGACAACUCAUGCCUGGUAAAGGCUGGAUCAGCUAACAGUGAACAGCCAACUGCAAUACAACGAGGUGCAGCAAAAAAUAUUUGAUGUUUUAUGGUGUGUUGUUUAUAUGUGAACUGACUGGCUUUCUGAUCACUAUUGAAGACAUUGAACAACUUUUCCUUUUGUAUAUUUGUAUACAUUAGCUGGAGGAGCUGUUAUUGUCAUUUUCUUUCAUUUUGUGUUAUGUCAUUGGCGCUUAAAGCUGGCCUUCUCUGGGGCCAAUAUGUCAACUGAGUAGGCCUACGUAGUAUCUGUUUGAAUAUAAUGAGAACACUAAACCCGUUGGUGACUGUAUUAAAUCUUCAUAGCACAUAAGCAUUGAAUGCCGAGCCUGCCAUGUUGUAUACAGCGUUUGGAUGUCAGUGACAGUCAAUCAAUGUACAGUUUCAAACAGUGCUGGUAGGAGCUACAGUAUGAAGGACUCAAACCAUACACUUCAAUGUCAGUCUAAUCAAUGCUUUCAGUAAAAUAGUUGAACUAUAUUUUUUAGGGAUUCUUGAAAAACUGCAGCUACAGUAGCUUGAGGUAAGUCUCCUCGAUAUCAACACAAUCGUCUGCCUCGUGUCAUCAAUGCAUGUUGCUGAAGCACCCUACAGUGUUUCAGAAGUGACCUCUGUUUCAAACUGGAACAACCCCCAAAAGCCUUCUUAGCAGACACACAGCAGUGCCAACCGAGCCAAGCUUCCUGGGCUAUUACAUUUCAUCUGGAGGAGCUGGAAUUGCAUGGUGCUAUAUUCGGGCGGCAGGGAGCCUAGUGGUUAGAGCAUUGGACUAGUAACCGGAAGGUUGCAAGAUCAAAUCCCUGAGCUGUUGUUCUGCCCCUGAACAACCCACUGUUCCUAGGCCGUCGUUGAAAAUAAGAAUUGGUUCUUAACUGACUUGCCUAGUUAGAUAAAAAAUAAAUGUAGUUACCUCCUCUGGAACAUGUGAAGAAGUAAAUGGUGGUAGAAAUCUUAGCCUCCAUACACAUGUUCUACAGUCACCUUCCUGAUCUACAGAUGACAUCACAGGAAGACACACAAUUGGUUGAGUGAAAUACACUACUCAAAUACUGUAAGGUUUAGGAUUGUUUUUAUUUUUAUAAUGCUUUCUUUUCCCUGUAUGAAACUGCACUGUCUAUGACAUGUCCUUUCUGUGUUAACGUUGUCUGAACCUGAGGGGUCUAGAGAAGGCAGUAAAACUUAUACUGUAGCAAUGCAUUCCUUCAAUCCCAUUUGAAAUGUUUUUAAAAACAGGUUAUUUUAACCCAUGAAUGUAUGUAAAUACUGCAACUACACCUAAAAGGAACUUAAAUAUUAUUGUAAUUACUCCUGUGAUUGCGUACAAUUCUAGUGCAUGUGUAUAUAAUGACAAUUCUUUAUAUGUUGUUAUAAAUAUUAUAUACUAUUAUAAAUAUUAUAUAUUUUUCUUUGUUCUACAUACAAUGCAUUUAUAAAUUAAACAAAUCCAAAAGAU